UUUGUUUUACAUUUAACUUUGAAAAAUUAGAGUUAAACAAACAUUUAACAUUUUAGGGCUAAUCAAAAUUACAUUGGAAUAGAUUUGGCAGAAUUUAAUUAAUAAGGAUAAUGAAAUCCUUAAUAUACCAAUUCCAAUUUUGAUGAGUUUCUCCUUCAAAAAUUACCAAAUACAUAUAUAAUCAUUAUUUUGCAUUGUAUUUGAUGAGACAACAUACAGGUGGAAGAGAAAUACUUCGUCAUGCUCCAACCCGCUUUGAUACUAAUUUCAUUGCAUUGCAAAGUAUUUUGUCUCAUAAAGAUGCACUAAGAGCCAUGGUAACAUCCAAAGAGUGAAAAACCACAACUUAUUUCAAAGAUGUCAAGGCAAAGCAAUUUGUGGAACAAGUCCUAGACUCAAGCUUUUGGUCUAAAUGUGCUGACAUAGUGAAAACUACAGAACCUCUUGUACGUGUGUUGCGAAUUGUUGAUAGUGAAGAUAAACCGGUUAUGGGAUAUCUCUAUCAAGAUAUGUAUAAAGCAAGAGAGGAGAUUGGGAAGAGGUUUAGAAGAAAUAAGUUGAAAGUAGAGCCUUAUUUGAAGAUCUUGGAUAAGCAUUGGGAUGCACAACUUCGCAAAAAUCUUCAUACGGCUGGUUAUUAGUUAAAUCCAUCUUGUAGAUUCAAUCCAGAAUAUGAACAAAACAAGUCCACCACUGAAGAUCUUUUGGAUGUCAUUGAAAAGUAUGCUUACGAUAGUAAGGACUUGCAAUCUAAAUUAACUACUGAGAUGACUUCAUUCAAAAAUUGUGAAGAUCAAUGGUGGGACACUUAUGGAACCGAAGCGCCCAAUUUGCAAAAGCUGGCUAUUCGGACUUUGAGACAAACUUGUAGUGCGUCUGGUAGAGAACGAAAUUGGAGUGUGUUUGAACACAUUCAUUCAAAAAAGAGAAAUAGGUUGGAGCAUCAAAAGCUUAAUGAUCUCGUUUAUGUUCGUUACAACUUACGGCUAAAAAAUAGAACCAAGAAGAAACAAAAUUAUGAUUCUAUCAAUUUUGAAACUCUUGGUGAUCAUUCAAAUUGGGUGUUGGAGGAUUCACCACCAUUCUUGACCACUGAGGAGGUGGAAAAACUACGCAAAGAUCUUGCUAGUAUGACAAUCCAACCUAUUUCAAAUUAUAUUGAUGAAUUAAAUUUGGAUGAGGUUGAUGUUGAGGGAGAUGUACAACUUAACUCCGGAGAAAACAACCAAAGUAAUGGUAUCAUUGAUGGGGAAGAUAUUGCAAAUGCAAUUGAUUUUGCCGCGGAUGAUUUUGAUAUUGGAGGAGAUCCCAACAUUGAAAUAAUUUACCUCCUUGAAACUAAAUUUAAUAGAUAUUGAAGUAUUUUUGUUCUAAAGUACUCAAUUAGAUUAUAUUGCAAUUAGACUUUGUUUGCAAUUAGACUUUGUAAUUUGUACUAUUUUGU